GUAGCCAAUAUUUUCCUUCAACGUGAAUUAAAAAGUUAUUACACUGGUAAUCUUUCCGAUUUAAAUGGCUACAGAAAGGAGCUUACUUCAUAUCCUCUGUAUUCAUGGAUAUAGACAAAAUGGACAAACAUUUAGGGAAAGAACAGGAGCUUUUAGAAAACUUGUUAAGUCGCAUGCAAAAUUUGUUUUCAUAACCGCUCCCAACGUUGUUCCUCCUUUACCUUCCGAUACCAAAAAUGAUCAAGAUCAAAGGGGAUGGUGGUUUUCUCGUCAAGAUGACUAUUUUAACGCACAGGAUGAUUCGCACUGCGAUAAAGGCUAUGAAAACUCUUUGCAAAUAAUUAAGGAGACUUGUAAAACAGAGGGGCCUUUCGAUGGUAUACUUGGAUUUAGUCAAGGAGCGUCUAUGGUUUCUUUGAUUUUGUCUUUACAAACUCUACAAAAAGAACCGUCCUUUCAAUUUAAAUUUGCCAUCUUGGUCGCUGGCUUUAAAAGCAAAUCCGUUCAACAUGCAUCUCUUUACGAAACGAAAAUAGAUAUUCCUACUUUACAUGUUUUUGGUGAAAAUGAUAAAGUAAUUGAGAGUGCCAUGAGUGAAGAAUUAUUAAAGGAUUAUUCAAAUGCAAAAACUUUGAAACACAGCGGCGGCCAUUACAUACCAGCCACUACAGAUCAGAAAAGCGUCUACUUGGAAUUUUUGCAAUCUCGAAUAGUAGCUUAA